ACGUCUAUAUUUUUUACAGUCUAUGUUUAAGACUCUUUUUAUAUUGCCUUCAAUUGUUCUUAUGGGUGUUGUGAAAUAAUAAGUAACUACUAAUUUGUCGUAGUACUGGACUUGUAUCUGUGAGGAAUCAUUAGAUGAAGCAUUAGUCUGGGUUUGAUGACACAAUUUUAUCCUGCUCUUGGUUAAGGCUGUUUGGAUUCAUCCUCCAUUGUAUAAAUUAUGCACAUUAGGGGUUCAUGCACUGAAAACAGUUUUCGAAACCAGAUAUUGACAAGUAGAAGGACAUAAACUGCGUCUACUCUUUAAUGUCUCUUGUUUAACAUAUUUUACAGAGAAAACUUGUUCCGCAGGAUGGAGUAUGUUCAGUUUUACUUGUUAUCUCAUCUCCACUAAAUCUGGUUCUUGGGAAAAAGGCAGAAAAGACUGCAGAGCCAGAGGAGCAGAUCUGGUGGUCAUAGACAGUUAUGAAGAACAGGAAUUCCUCACUAAUAUUACAAAGCAAGAAAGUUGGAUUGGUUUGAGUGACAGAGAAAAAGAGGGAACCUGGAAAUGGACAGAUGGAACUCCACUGACUCAGCCUGAUAGUGGAGGUGAAGAUACGCAGUGGGGAGAAGAAGACUGUGUGACAGUCAUACCUCGGUUGCCAACUACAUACAGCUGGAACGAUCUUUCGUGUGAUGCUCCUAGGCAGUGGAUCUGUGAGAAAAUCCUUAGCAUUUAGCGCAAAAUGAGUUUUGAAAUAAAUCAUAUGUUAUAAAUAUACUUUUACAAUUUAAACUACUAGUGCAGUUCCCGUUCAAAACGUGCCUAUUGGGAACGGGCUGAUUGCUUAUUGUUUCUCGA